CCGUGCAUCCCGCAGCAGGCUCGUCAUGGCGAUGGGUAGCGGCGGCGGCGGCGGCGGUGGCUCGGAGCCAGAAGAGUCAGUGCUGUUCCGUCGCGGCACUGGCCAGAGUGAUGAUUCUGACAUUUGGGAUGAUACAGCAUUGAUAAAAGCUUAUGAUAAAGCUGUGGCUUCCUUUAAGCAUGCUCUAAAGAAUGGUGAUAUUUGUGAAACUUCAGAUAAACCAAAAGGUACACCUAGAAGAAAACCCAUUAAGAAGAAUAAAAGCCAAAAGAAGAAUAGCACAACUCCCUUGAAACAGUGGAAAGUUGGUGACAAAUGUUCUGCCAUUUGGUCAGAAGACGGCUGCAUUUACCCAGCUACCAUUGCUUCAGUUGAUUUUAAGAGAGGAACCUGUGUUGUGAUUUAUACUGGAUACGGAAAUAGAGAAGAGCAAAAUCUGUCUGAUCUACUUUCUACUUGCCCAACUUCUGAAAUAGCUAAUAAUAUAGAACAGAAUGCCCAGGAGAAUGGAAAUGAAAGUCAAGUUUCAACAGAUGAAAGUGAGAACUCCGUGUCUCUGGGAAAUAAGCUAAAUGAUAAUAAAUCAAAAGCUACUCCAUGGAACUCAUUUCUCCCUCCACCACCCCCAAUGCCAUCAUCAGGAUUGGGACCUGGAAAGCCAGGUCUAAAAUUCAAUGGCCCACCACCACCACCUCCACCACCACCUCCACUGCCCCACUUCCUGUCAUGCUGGAUGCCUCCAUUUCCUUCUGGGCCACCAAUGAUCCCCCCUCCGCCUCCAGUAUGUCCAGAUGCUCUUGAUGGCUCUGAUGCUUUAGGAAGCAUGCUGAUCUCUUGGUACAUGAGUGGCUAUCACACUGGCUAUUACAUGGGUUUCAGACAAAAUCAAAAAGAAGGGAAGUGUUCACAUUUUAAUUGAUGA